GCCAGACUGCGGGUAUCCCCGGGGAGGGCGCGGCUGGCUCUGGCAGGACCCGGACACCUGGGGCCCGACUCACCCCUGCGCCCCCGGCGGUGUCUCCUUCCCGGGCGGCUCGGGUUCCCGGAUCCCCUUACCAGGGCGUCUCGGCUGUCGCGCCCUGGGCCGGGGGAGGGGAGGCUGCAGGAAACCGCGGAUCCGGAGGCGGCGAGGGCCCGGUGGGUGGCCGAGCUUCCCCGCCAUGGAGAGCGCAGCGGCCCGCGAGGCCCGGGGGGCCGAGACCCCUUGUGCGCCGCCCCCGCCCCCGCCCUCGGAGCCCCCGGCCGCGCCCCGCGCCCGCCCGCGCCUGGUCUUCCGCACGCAGCUGGCGCACGGGAGCCCCACGGGCAAGAUCGAGGGCUUCACCAACGUCCGCGAGCUGUACGCCAAGAUCGCCGAGGCCUUCGGCAUCGCGCCCACCGAGAUCUUAUUCUGCACCCUCAACAGCCACAAAGUGGACAUGCAGAAGCUCCUAGGGGGUCAGAUAGGCCUGGAGGACUUCAUCUUCGCCCACGUGCGAGGCGAGACCAAGGAGGUGGAGGUCACUAAAACGGAGGACGCUCUGGGGCUGACCAUCACGGACAACGGGGCCGGCUACGCCUUCAUCAAGAGAAUCAAGGAAGGCAGUAUCAUCAACCGGAUCGAGGCGGUGAGCGUGGGGGACAGCAUCGAAGCCAUCAACGACCACUCCAUCGUGGGCUGCCGCCACUACGAGGUGGCCAAGAUGCUCCGGGAGCUUCCCAAGGCCCAGCCCUUCACCCUGAGGCUGGUGCAGCCCAAGAGGGCCUUCGAUAUGAUUGGCCAGAGAAGUCGGACGAGCAAAUGUCCCGUAGAGGCGAAAGUGACCAGCGGGAGGGAGACCCUGCGGCUUCGUUCUGGGGGGGCCGCCUCGGUGGAGGAAGCGCCCAGUGAGUUUGAGGAGGAGGCGUCUCGGAAGGUUGAUGACCUGCUGGAAAGCUACAUGGGCAUUCGGGACCCCGAGCUGGGUAAGGGGCCAGGCGUCCACCAUGGUGGAGACGUCCAAGAAGACAGAGAGUGCCCAGGAGUUUGCGCGCUGUUUAGACUCCGUCUUGGGCGAGUUCGCCUUCCCCGACGAGUUUGUGGUGGAGGUGUGGGCCGCCAUUGGAGAGGCCAGGGAGGCCUGCGGCUAGUCUGUCCCGGGGGGGCCCAGCACAGCCCCAGACCGGAGCCCAGCCCCCUGCCCCGGCCCUGCUCCAGAACCCCGCCCAGCUCGGAGGCCAAGUUCCUCUCUAGAACCCAAUCCAGUUGGGAGCCCCACCCCAGCUCCAGAACCCUGCCCUUCUCUAGAAUCCAGCCUAGGUCUGAGGCCAAGCUAUGUGCUAGCACCCAGACCAGCUCUGAGACGAAGCCCAGCAUCGAGACCAAGCCCUAUUCUAGAGCCCAGGCCACCCCUGAGACAAAGCCCAGCUCUAGAACCCAGAUGAGCUCUGAGACCACGCCCAGCUCCAGAACCCAGAUGAGCUCUGAGGCCACGCCCAGCUCCAGAACCCAGAGGAGCUCUGAGGCCACGCCCAGCUCUAGAACCCAGAUGAGCUCUGAGACCACGCCCAGCUCCAGAACCCAGAUGAGGUCUGAGGCCACACCCAGCUCCAGAACCCAGAUGAGCUCUGAGGCCACGCCCAGCUCUAGAACCCAGAUGAGCUCUGAGGCCACGCCCAGCCCUAGAACCCAGAUGAGCUCUGAGACCACGCCCAGCCCUAGAACCCAGAUGAGCUCUGAGACCACGCCCAGCCCUAGAACCCAGAUGAGCUCUGAGACCACGCCCAGCUCUAGAACUCGCAUGAGCUCUGAGACCAUGCCCAGCCCUAGAAUCCACAGGAGUUCUGAGACCAAGCCCAGCAUUGAGACCAAGCCCUGUUCUAAAACUCAGACCAGCUCUGAGGCCACGCCCAGCCCUAGAACCCAGAUGAGCUCUGAGACCACGCCCAGCCCUAGAACCCAGAUGAGCUCUGAGACCACGCCCAGCUCUAGAACCCAGAUGAGCUCUGAGACCACGCCCAACUCCAGAACCCAGAUGAGGACUGAGACCACGCCCAGCUCCAGAACCCAGAUGAGGUCUGAGGCCACGCCCAGCUCUAGAACCCGGAUGAGCUCUGAGGCCACGCCCAGCUCUAGAACCCGGAUGAGCUCUGAGGCCACGCCCAGCUCUAGAACCCAGAUGAGGUCUGAGGCCACGCCCAGCUCUAGAACCCAGAUGAGCUCUGAGACCACGCCCAGCUCCAGAACCCAGAUGAGGUCUGAGACCACGCCCAGCUCUAGAACCCAGAUGAGCUCUGAGACCACGCCCAGCUCCAGAACCCAGAUGAGGACUGAGACCACGCCCAGCUCCAGAACCCAGAUGAGCUCUGAGGCCACGCCCAGCUCCAGAACCCAGAUGAGCUCUGAGGCCACGCCCAGCUCUAGAACCCGGAUGAGCUCUGAGGCCACGCCCAGCUCUAGAACCCGGAUGAGCUCUGAGGCCACGCCCAGCUCUAGAACCCGGAUGAGCUCUGAGGCCACGCCCAGCUCUAGAACCCGGAUGAGCUCUGAGGCCACGCCCAGCUCUAGAACCCGGAUGAGCUCUGAGGCCACGCCCAGCUCUAGAACCCGGAUGAGCUCUGAGGCCACGCCCAGCUCUAGAACCCAGAGGAGCUCUGAGGCCACGCCCAGCUCUAGAACCCAGAUGAGGUCUGAGGCCACGCCCAGCUCUAGAACCCAGAUGAGGUCUGAGGCCACGCCCAGCUCUAGAACCCAGCUGAGCCCUGAUAUCAAGCCUAGCUCUGGAAUGCAGACACAUUUUAAGACCCAGGCCAGCUUGGAGAUGAAUCCUGGUUCCAGAAUCCAGGCCAGCUUGGAGGCCAAGCCCUACCGGAACACGCAGACAGACUCUGGAACUCUGGACUCUCGGUCUAGCUCCAGAACCCCAGUUAACUUUGGAACCCACGUAAGAUUCAUGAAGCAGCCCAGCUCUGGAACCCCAGCCAGCUCAGGAUUCAGAGACAGCUUCCAAAUCAAACCGUAUUCAAGAACUCACACCAGCUCAGAAACCCAGACCAACGCAGCUGCCCAGUCCAGAUUCCAGCCCCAGCCCUGCUCUAAAACCCAGCUGCAUGCAAGCACCCAUCCGUAUCCUGCCGCCCGGUCCAGCUCCAGUGAUGAUUCCAGCUCUGAGACUGAGCCCAGCUCUAGAACCUCACCUAGUGCUACAACCAGGUCCACCUCCAGGAUUCAGACCAGCUCUGGAACGCGGUCCAUCUCGGAAGCAGGGCCCAGCUCCGGCACACAGCUUGGUGCUGAGCCCCACUCUCCCAGCAGAACGCAGAUCAGCUCUAGAAUGCAGUUUGCUUCCGGGACUCAGACUAAUUUCAAGGCCUGGCCAAGCUCCAGAGCUCAACCCAGCCUGGGCACCGCAGCCGACUCUAGAACUCGUCUCAGUUCUGCAGCACAGACUGGUUCUAAAAUCCCAGCCAGCACCAAGACAGUGGCCGAGACCCAACCACACUCCAGAAUCCAGCUAAACUCUGGAGUCCGGUCUAGUCCUGGGACCCAGGACCCUGCAGCAGGAGAGUUAAGGUCUGCGGCCCUGUCUAGUUCCGACAGCAGGCCCAGCUCCAGGAUCCAGCGCUGCCCAGGAGUUCAACCAACCUCGGGGACUCAACUCACCUCUGGAACCCUGCCAGGUUCUAGAUACCAGCUCCAGAGCACAACCCCAGACAGCUCUGGUAUUCGACCGGGCUUUGGGAAGCAGACCAGCUCUGGGACCCAGCUCAGCUGUAGAACCCACGUCAGUCCUGGGAUUCAGUCCAGCUCUGAAACCCAGACCAGCUCGAGAAUUCAGCCUGAUCCUGGAGCCCACCUUAGCUCCGGAACCCAGUCCAGCACUGAGACCGGGCCCAGCUCCAGAAUUCAGCCCGAUCCUGGAGCCCACCUUAGCUCCGGAACCCAGUCCAGCACUGAGACCGGGCCCAGCUCCAGAAUCCAGCCCAGCCCUGGAGCCCACCUUAGCUCCGGAACCCAGUCCAGCACUGAGACCGGGCCCAGCUCCAGAAUUCAGCCCAGCCCUGGAGCCCACCUUAGCUCCGGAACCCAGUCCAGCUCCAGCACUCAUACCAGUUCAAGAAUCUGGCUGAGCCCUAGAAAUGGGCUCUGUUCACAGACCCCUGGCCUUGACCCUAGAAUUCAGCUUGAGGCCCCGGCCCCAGCCCGACCUCAGCCCCCAGGCCCACCCCCCAGAACCCCCACCACAACCCCUAGCAGAGACCCCCAGCCUCUGCCUCAGCCCCAUGAUAAGGUCCAUGGCACCCAGGUCAGCCCUGGCCCCAUUCCAGGCUCACCCCUGGCCCCUCAGCCACAGGCCUCCUCAACCCCCCAAAAGCCAGCCCUCCCUCCAAAGCCUGAGCUGGGACCCCAGAAGUCCACCCCACCCACCGUAUCUGUCUCAGCCCCACCCCCAGGGCAGCCCUCCUGAGUUCCCACCCUUCUGAGUCCCCAGCUCUGGUUCCUGCCCCUUCCCCCACUCUGGGGAAACCAGGACCCCUCCAUUACCGCAGGGGGCUGUAGACUGGGGGUGACUUAGCCCUGGUUCCUGUGGUUCCCAUCCUCUCCUGUCCCUCAGCUGGUUCCCCCGGAAGCAGCAAGUGACCUUAUAUUCCCAGCAGGUAGUGGCGGGGGUGGGGCGGGGUACGGUGGUAGAAUUGGGGGCUUCGGUUUCACCAGGCCUGGCUCACAUCCAGGUCCUGGGAGGGAGAAGGAGGGUAGGAGACAAUCUGCCCCACGUGUACCCUGAGGCUCAUGGUGAAUAAAGGCG